AUGCAAAAAUUAAAAAAUGAAUGGGAAAAGGCCUGCCUACUCAAGCCAACCGAUAACAUUUUGUCGCAUAUUAUGUUAAAGAAUCCGCGUAUCUUUCAACCAUCCUAUGAAGUUCAGAACAGUCCCAUUAAUAUGAAUCUACUUUUGAGCAUGGAAUAUGCCCGCAUUUGGACGCAAGAGAAAAAUGAUUUCCUAAAAGAUCGUGCCAAAAAGGCAAAACCAAAAUUUAUUAAAAAUGACUAUUGGAAAUGGAUAGAAAAACGCCAACCGAAAGUCUACAAAAGUUGUCCGGCGCAGGGUUUAAAGAAUUUGCUGAUUAAGGGGAAAUCUUAG